UCCCUUUAAGGGAAGAUGAAAGCUGUUGUGUAAUUUGGGUGAAAGAGGAGGAAGAAGAGGAGGAGGAGGAGGAGGAGGAGCAGCGGACUGAAUGGAGAACAGCUUUCUUUGACAGAUCGAAGAGGACUCGACAGGGAGUGUGCAGCGAUGGAGCUGAUAAUGCUAUCAGGAGGCAUCCUGGUUGUCCCCGUCCUCGCCUUCAUCACCUCCUUCCUGUUCUGGCCUGGAGCGCUCCUUAAGGCCUACAACUGGUACUGGCGUCGCAAGCUGGGGCUGGUGGUCCGCUACUCUCACAGUGGAAGCUACCGCUUCUGUUAUUCCAGCCGCGGGACGCCAGGGGGCGCCACGCCAUCACUGCUGCUGCUGCACGGCUUCUCCGCCACCAAGGACAUGUGGCUACCUGUCAUCAAGCAUCUCCCCAGAAGCCAGCAUGUGGUUUGUGUGGACAUGCCGGGGCACGAGGGGACAAGUCGCACCGGCGCCGAGGAUUACAGCAUUCAGGGCCAGGUCGCCGAGGAUUACAGCAUUCACGGAUGGAUACACUGUUGUUCUCCUAAGAGACGAUGAAUUAGAUAACUCCCCUCUCUCUGUUUGUGUCUCUCUGUGCAGUUUGUGCAGAGUAUUGGUCUGGAUAAACGACCCUUCCACCUGGUCGGGACAUCGAUGGGUGGGAACGUCGCAGGGGUGUACGCUGCACAUUACCCUGCUCACCUGUCCAGCGCCACCUUGAUUUGCCCGGCAGGUCUGGUUUAUCCCACAGACUCUGAGUUCAUCAGUCGUCUGAGGGAGUUGGAGAAUAGUCAGCAGGAGGAGUCGAUCCCUCUGAUCCCCUCCACUCCUCAGGAGCUGGAGGACAUGCUGAAACUCUGCUGCUACACCCCCCUCAACCUCCCCCGGCAGGUCCUGCGGGGUCUCCUUGACAACAGGAUCCCCAACAAUGGUUUCUACAAAGAAGUGUUCAUGGAGAUCGUCGGGGAGAAGUCUCGUCACUCGCUGCAGGAAAACCUGCAUCUGAUCACAUCACCUCUGCAGGUCAUCUGGGGGACAGAAGACCAGGUGGUGGACGUGUCGGGGGCAGCAGUGCUGCAGGCGGCGCUGCCAAACUGCCAGGUGGCGCUGUUGGACAACUGUGGUCACUCUGUGGCGUUGGAGCGGCCCAGGAAAGCCGCCAAACUCAUCACAGACUUCCUGUCUGCGCAGGAAGUUAACGAUGAAAACGCUAAGAAACUUUCCUGAAGAAAAUUUUUGAACCGUAUGCCGACCCCUGACCUCACGAUGGAUGAUGAAGGCGAGGAGAAUGAAGGUUAUGAUGAAGACGAUGAGGAUAAUGAUAUAAGAGUUUUCUACGACAGCGUUUGCAUCUCUUAAAAUUAAAUGAACGAAUGCACAAAAGUGGGACCGACUGACAAAUAUUCCUGAAGUUUUUACACACAGCACCGUGCAGGAGGCUGUUUUAGUUGUUAAGGUUGAAUGAAAACAUCCCACGUUGGGAUUUUGCACAUUUCGCUUUCAGAAAAACUGUAUUUCGGUCUCUUGUUUCAUGUGAGUGGCAGGUGUUUGUUUGUGUUUGAAGUCUCCUGCUGUUAACCGACUGCAUAUUUAACCUCAUUAAAAACACAUUCAGAUUGAAAUUGAGAAUGACAAA